AUGGCGACCCCAAAAGAAGAUGGAGCGGCGAUCGGCAUCAAAGAUAAAGUUGGGUAUGUCUCGGACCCUGAAAGUCAACCCAAGCACGAACCAAUAGUUGAACUUAUCGAUCCGGUCAAAGAGCGUGCCUUGGUUUGGAAAUUUGAUUUACGGAUACUGCCAUUUCUAUCAAUCAUCUAUUUAUGCAACGCUCUCGACAAGUCUAACUUGAGUAAUGCCAAAACUGCCGGAUUAGAGAAGAGUCUGGGUAUGGUUGGCGAACAGUAUAGUCAAAUCCUGACUUUCUUCAUCAUCCCAUACGUCCUCACCUCGCCUUUCCUGAGUUUGGCUGGGCGUAAGUUUGGUGUCAAUAGAGUGCUACCUCUGGUGGUCCUUGCUUUUGGUACUUGCACCUUGACCACUGUUGGAGCGUAUAACUUUAGCGGUUUGUUUGCCAUUCGAUGGUUCCUGGGUAUGGCUGAGAGUGCUGUGUUCCCGUUGGUUAUUUACUACCAGACUCUAUUCUACCGUCGACGUGAACUUGGUCGUCGCCUCUCAAUUUUCUAUGCUGCCCAUAGUUUUGCUUCUGCAUUUUCGGGUCUCCUCGCGUACGGAGUUUUCCAUAUUGAAGGAGGACCACUUACCCCUUGGCGGUAUCUCUUCUUGAUUGAAGGCACAUUCACAGUCCUACUAGGGUUCUUUGUUCUAUGGUACCUGCCCCGUUCGGCCGAACACUGUAGCUUCUUGAAUGAGGAAGAAAAAGAAUUGGCACGUCUCCGCCUGAUUACCGACAGUUCCUCCUCUGCAGGAGUGACCGACAUCGAGAUCCGCGAGUCGUUAAAGGUUUUCGCACACCCCACUACUUGGGUUAUUAUGCUUAUCGAACUAUGCGUUGGAGUGCCACUUAACAGUGUGAAUUUGUUCUUACCCCAAAUUGUCGGACGUUUGGGUUAUGGCAAAGUCAAAACCAAUCUGUAUACUGUUGCACCAGCAAUUUCAGGAGGUGUGAUGCUUCUUAUCCUCGGUUUUGCAUCGGAUUAUACCAAACUGCGUUUCCCAUUCGUCGCUGCUGGAUUUGCAUUCACAUUUAUCGGCAUGAUGAUCUUUGUUGCGAUCGAUUUUAAGUCUUCACUCAAUACUGCUUACUUCGCAACCUUCAUGAUGAACUGGGGUACUUUUGCACCUUCGGUUCUUCUCGAUGUCUGGUACAACAACAACACUCCACAUGAUGGCCGUCGGCUGCUUCUGACAUCCUGCGGUAUUGCUUUCGCGAACUUGAGUGGAAUUAUACCAUUGAAUAUUUUUAGGAACAAGGAUGCGCCGAAGUAUAUUCCUGCACUGACUACAUCGGCUGCAUUUGGUGCUACGGGUUUUGUACUUACAUGUGGAUUGGGUGUUUACAUGAUGUGGGACAACAAUAGGAGGGAUAAGAGACAAGGUAUCAAGUUGAAGCCUGGAGAUGUGCCGACGGAGAGAUUGCAGGAUGGACCGGGAUGUGAGGAAUUCAGGUGGAUGUAUUGA